AUGUCGGCUGCUAUUGGUCGUGGCUGGAACCCUGCCAGUGGUUGGGACAGCGGUGAUCUUCCUCCUGGCCUUUCUCCCGCCGGGGUUGGUGGCUAUGUAGGCAUACCUGGCGCCCCAGUCGCUACAGGUCCUGUUUCCACUAUGCCCUUCGCAGGUAUGAAUGGCCCUUACGGUUAUCAAGCCUCCUCUUUCCCAUAUAGUCCCGGUCCUCCUGCCGCAGUAGGCCCCGUAUAUACGUGGCCAGCAAAUGGGUUUCAGCACCCUCUGCCUGUCUUUCCUAAUCAGCCUGGUGGUCCUCGCUACCCCAGUCCUCACCCUGUUGUCAGUUCCGACGCCCCUGCUCUAAACUUCCAGAACUCGACUGGCGGCAUGGGUUGUGAGCCUGGCUACAACUACUACUUCCCCUCCGAGCAUACCAAGAUCCAUGUCAUCAAGUCGCGCGACCCUCCGUGGCGUCUGCCUGCUGGUAUGAGCAUGAAUUUCGAAGCAUACCACGUCCCUGUCAUAGUUACGCUUGAGUGUUUGAUGAAUGGCUUUGGCGCAACCAAUCCUGUUGCCAAGAAGAACAAGAUCACCGAAGUUUGUGAGGGUGGCAAUAAUCGUUGGUACAAAGGUAUGACGUGGAGCGCCGAUGACGAGGAUGAGAUGAAAAAGACGCUCAAGGAGCUGGGCUGGGAUAAUUCUCGCAGUGGUCGUCCGCAUGAGAAGCCUGUUAUUUGGAUUUGGGUCACGAAGGAUUGA